AUGAAACGAAGACUCUCUCGUGUUCUCGAUGAUGAUCUUUCAAUACAUGCCUCCUCCUCAUCCUCUUCAUCCUCCUCGGGAAACAAAUACUCAAAAUUAUCAAAAUUAAUCAGUGAAAACUCCUCUUCUUCUGGUACAUCUGGUACAGUUAUUUUGCAUGAUUUUCAACCUCGGAGGUUUGAUGAUGGUUCUUCAACAUUAUGGAAUUUAUUGAAUGGCUAUCAUGGACUCCUGAAAACCAAAUUUGAAGAUCAAUGCAAAGGAUUCUGUAAAUGGUUAAAAGCAAAGGAAGAAUGGAUAAAACAAAUUGAACAACGAAGACCUGACGACGAGUGGGAGAACAUGAAAAUAGAAUUUAUGAACGACCGUGAAUAUUUAUGUGCUGAAAACAAACAACUGAGUGAAACUGUUGCGUUUUGGAGACCAUAUAAACGUGAAAUCUUGAGGCACAUUAAGGCAUCACGAUUACAAGUGUUAAAAUUCAUUCCAAAAGAGAUGUUAUUUGAAUGGAAAGAAGAAUUGUCAGGAAUUUUCCAAAAAAACUAUGGAUUCUCUUUUAUCUUUGAUCUUGAUGAUUUUGAUGAAUCUAAAACCGCACUUUCUGAGAAACGUUGUUUGUUCAAACAGCUUUCCGAGAGAUUACGUGACAACGAGGAAAUUUUACAAAAUGAUAAGGAAUUUAUUCUUCAAAUUCUCAACACUCCAAUAUCCAUGAUGGAUGGCAAAAUCAAAGAAGAAAUGAUUGAAACAUUCACUCCAGAAGUCUAUGAUUUAAUACCAAAGAAUAUUCGAGAUGAGCUUCCCAUGGAUGUCAAGAUGCAUGUUUAUCAACAACUAUUUCUCAAAGAUUUGUAUCACGACUGUCUUUCAUAUGACCUCUGUUUACCGAAAGAAGUGUUUAAAAUGCUCUCUGACUUACCAGAUGAAUAUUAUCAAGCACAUAAGAGGUAUCAACGCAAGUUAAAAGAAAAAGGUAAAUUUAUGAAUUCCAUUCUUGAAGUGUAUCUCGAAAAGCCAGACGGUGAAUUUAAUAGGAUUGUUGAAAAAGUUAUUCCACGAAUUUACAUGGAUUUUGAAAACAAUUUAGAUAACGAUGAAGACUUUUUGAAACGAUUGGAUUUGCCACUCGUAAUGUUUUCAAAACAAGCAUCAAAAUUAUGGGGUAGAAACGACAAAGAAUUUAUUUUGACAGCCCUUAAAAGUAGAUAUCCAUGCUCUUUUCAUGAAAUUCCAAGAACAUUUCAAAAUGACAGAGACUGCAUGAUGGCAGUAAUUGAUAAUCAUUUUCAUCAUGGUGAACUAUUGCAGACAUUUUUUACAAAUUUGUGUUGA